CCUCCCCUAACCGGGAGUCGCGGCCGCCUCAGGAUCCCAGAGCUCGAGACGCCCAGCGACACCUCCCCUCCCCCCGCCCCCGCCCACCCGGCCCAGCGCCCCGACCCGAGCCUCGGAGCGGGAGCCGAGUCUGCGCCCGAGGGAAGACGAUGCGGCAAUAGCAGCCACGAUGCCCUCUCUGCUGGGCAGCGUGGUACUCAACGCCUCAGAACCCAGGGAUUACUGUUACAGUGCCCGUAUCAGAAGUACCGUACUCCAAGGGCUGCCUUUUGGGGGAAUUCCCACAGUACUUGCACUUGACUUCCUAUGCUUUCUUUUAUUGCUGUUCCUAUUCUCUGUCCUGCGCAAGGUGGCCUGGGACUAUGGACGACUGGCCUUGGUUACCGAUGUCGACAGACUGCGACGCCAGCAGAGAGACCGAGUGGAGCAGGAAUAUAUGUCCUCAGCAACACAGGCAGACAGCCACGACCGCUAUGAACGCCUCACUUCUGUAUCCAGCUCCGUGGACUUUGAACAGAGAGAUAAUGGUUUCUGCUCCUGGCUGACAGCCAUCUUCAGGAUAAAGCGUGAUCAGGUGCCCAGCAGGCAGGAGAAGGUGCCCCACAGGCAGAAACAUCUAUCCAGCAGGCAGGAGCGAGGGUCCAGCAGGCAGGAGCAGGGCCAGGACUUUAGAUGGCAGGAGAAACCCAACAGCUGGAGACAGGAAACCGUCAACUGGAAGGAGCAAUUAAUCAGCUGGCAGGUGGAAGCAUCCGGAAGGCAGGAGGACUCAGCUCACAGUCAGAAUCAAGAACCCAAAGAACGAAAAGAAAGUCAGGCAUCACAAAAAGUCAUCUUGGCGAGGGAUGAGGAGAUCUUGGACAAGUGUGGGGGUGAUGCAGUGCACUACCUGACAUUCCAGCGGCACAUCAUUGGUCUGCUUGCAGUCGCAGGUGUUCUCUCCGUGGGCAUUGUGCUUCCUGUCAACUUCUCAGGGAACCUGCUGGAAAACAACCCCUACAGCUUUGGGAGAACCACCAUUGCCAACCUAGACUCAAGUAACAACCGGCUAUGGCUGCACACCUCUUUCGCCUUCCUAUACCUACUACUCACUGUGUAUACCAUGCGAAGACAUACCUCCAAGCUGCGCUAUAAAGAAGAUGACCUGGUGAAGCGCACCCUCUUCAUCAAUGGCAUCUCCAAGUAUGCAGAAUCAGAAAAUAUCAAGAAGCACUUUGAGGAGGCGUAUCCCAACUGCACAGUGCUUGAAGCCCGUCCUUGCUAUAACGUCGCCAAACUGAUGUCCCUGGAAGAUCAGAGGAAGGAGGCAGAACGAGGAAGGAUAUACUUCAGCAACCUUCGGGCCAGAGAGAACACUCCCACCAUGAUCAACCCCAAGCCUUGUGGGCACCUCUGCUGCUGUGUUGUACGAGGCUGUGAAGAGGUGGAGGCCAUCCAGUACUACACAGAGUUGGAGCAGAAGCUGAAAGAAGAGUACAAACAGGAGCAGGAGAAAGUGAAUCAAAAGCCACUGGGCAUGGCUUUUGUGACCUUCCACAAUGAGAGCAUUGCCGCACUUAUCCUAAAGGACUUUAAUGCAUGUAACUGGCAAGGCUUUACAUGUCAGGGGGAGCCCCGGAGCUCAUCCUGCAGCGACUCCCUGAACAUCAACAACUGGACGGUCUCUUUUGCCCCUGACCCUCAAAACAUCUACUGGGAGAACCUCUCCAUCCGUGGCUUCACCUGGUGGUUUCGAUGUCUGAUUAUCAAUGUGGUGCUCUUCCUCCUGCUGUUUUUCCUCACCACUCCUGCCAUCAUCAUCACCACAAUGGACAAGUUCAAUGUCACCAAGCCUGUGGAAUUCCUCAAUAACCCUAUCAUCACCCAGUUCUUCCCCACUUUGCUGCUGUGGUGCUUCUCAGCCCUGCUCCCCACCAUCGUCUACUACUCCACCUUCCUAGAGAGUCACUGGACACGCUCUGGAGAGAACAGAACGACCAUGCACAAAUGCUACACAUUCUUGAUCUUCAUGGUACUGCUACUGCCUUCUCUGGGCCUGACCAGCUUGGACUUCUUUUUUCGCUGGCUCUUCGACAAGAAGUUUUUGGCUGAAGCGGCCAUUCGGUUUGAGUGUGUGUUCCUGCCGGACAACGGCGCCUUCUUUGUCAACUACGUCAUUGCCUCGGCUUUCAUCGGCAAUGCCAUGGACCUGCUGCGAAUCCCAGGGCUGCUCUUAUACAUGAUCCGUCUCUGCCUCGCCCACUCCGCCGCCGAAAGGCGCAACGUCAAGCGGCACCAGGCCUACGAGUUCCAGUUUGGCGCGGCCUAUGCCUGGAUGAUGUGCGUCUUCACGGUGGUCAUGACCUACAGCAUCACCUGCCCCAUCAUCGUACCCUUCGGGCUCAUGUACAUGCUGCUGAAGCACCUGGUGGACAGAUACAACCUAUACUAUGCAUACCUACCGGCCAAGCUGGACAAGAAAAUCCAUGCUGCGGCUGUGACCCAAGUGGUGGCGGCGCCCAUCCUCUGUCUCUUCUGGCUCCUCUUCUUCUCUAUCUUACGUGCCGGGUUCUUGGCCCCCACGUCCAUGUUUACGUUUGUGGUCCUGGUCAUCACCAUUGUCAUCUCUCUCUGUCACCUCUGCUUUGGAUACUUCAAAUAUUUCAGUGCCCACAACUACAAGAUCGAACACACAGAAGGAGGGGAUGCUGCUGAUGGCAGAGGCAAUGGUGCCCGCUCUAAUGUCAAAUCUGCAAAGUACAUCGCUCAGGUCCUGCAGGACUCCGAGGAGGACAGGGAUUCGGGGGACUCUGGGGGCUCUAGGAUCUCUGAAGUAUCUGGUGUGUCUGGGGUACCCAGGGCCUCUCCAAAAACCAGAGGCAUGAAGGCGGCCCCCCCAUUAUCCUUGGGGCACGAUGAGGAGACUCUGAUCACCCAGGAGGAGCUCUCAGACACAGACUUCCAAUCCUAUGUGGAGAGCCUCAUAGAGAAUGAGAUCCAUCCACCAGUGAGGCGGGGAGGCCCUGGCGGCUCAGCCCCUGCUCCCAGCCCUUCCUCUCCCACCCGGCCCCCACGGACACUAAAACGCUAAUAAUUUAUUAGAUUUAAAGCCUCUUCCUUCCCCCCACUCUGCUUUAAUUAAGGUAUUUCAACCUUGGGAAUAUUGCCCAUUGCCUCCCUCCUUGGAGGCCAGCUUCUCCCCUGAACGCCCUCCUCCCCUGCCCAAUGAGGAGAAUCGCCCCGAGCUGGCCCCGGGGCAAAGUGGAGGAGGGGCAAUGGGGAGGUCCCCCAAAACCAGGGGCCCUUCCCCCCCACCCAGGGCAAUGGCCAGAAUGGGGUUAAUGAGAGCCAUGAGGGGCCGCUGGCUAGAGGCCUGGCAGGGGGGCAGAGUGGACAAAGGGGCGGACCUGUACCCCUUCAGUUCCCAAUCCCACACCAGGCCCUGAGGCGUUGGGGGAACCUCUAUCUUAACCUACCCCAGUUGGGGGUUGCAUGAGAGGAGAGGGGGGCCAAGUGGGAAGUGGAGCCUAUUUGUCCCCAGGUAGUGGGGAAGGAGUCUGGGGGGAGGGGGAGGGGCACAGUUGACACUGGAAAAUGGGGUUUUGCACUUUUUUUUCUCCUUUAAAAUAAAAAUGAAAAGAAACAGGUCA